AGUAUGCAGAGCUGAUACUGGUCUGCCCUCAACUUUUUGUGGGCUUUUUCCAGAAGGCUUUGAAUAGGGCAUCCAGCCGCUGUAGGCGGUUAGAUGCUUCACCCAUGGAGUUUGGGGCAUAUCCAGUGCCUGCCAUCUUGCAAGCAUUGCUGUCAGAGCCACGAGUAUCUGCGGCACUGACACACAGCCCUAUGAAG